UGAAUUAAUUAUAAUGGACAAAAUGCCAAUUGGUUAUGUUAAAGGAAAAGGAAAUCCCCUUGAUAAAAAAGUACCAAAAAACAAAUAAUAUGAUCAUGUCAAACAGACCUUAAAUACAGGACCAACUGUGAGAGACAUUGAAGUAGUAAGUAAUGCUAAGAUAGCUAAAAAAAGAUCUGAGUUGUUUAAGCGUAUCAAGUGUUCCACUGUGUUCAACUUUAUAAGCGAAAACACAGAAUAAGAAACUAUUUAUAAGUUAGCAGAUCAACAAUAAUAAGAAUAGGAGUAGUUACAAUAAUUUGAUACUUAAAGUCAAUAUAGUUAAAAGACCAGAUUUACUGAAGUCUCAUAAGUCUCUGCAAUUACUUAUGCCACAGAAUAAUUGGGGAUUACAGAUUAAUCAGAAUUUCUGCUUUUGGACUUGCGAGAUCCUGAUGAAUUUGAACUCUAUCACAUUAAAGAGGCUGUCAAUUUCCCAGCUCCCAAUCUAAGAUAAGAUAAAUUAACCUAAUAAAUUCAUAGAUUUAAAAACCAAAAAGACAAACACAUUAUUAUAUAUCAUUUUGAUGAAAAGAAUGGAAUCCCUUCAGCCACUCUCUUUGCUGAAAAAGGAUUCGAAAAUGUUUAUCUUCUGAGUGGAGGCAUCGAAAAAUUUCUCUAGCAUUAUCCCUAAGGUGUAAUAGGCAUUAAAGUACCCUCAAUCCCAAAACCAGAAGAGAAUCCAAAUAAAAUUAUAAAGAGGUCAAAUUACAAAGAAACUGACUCCUAAAUCAAUAAAUCAGAAAAGAAUAUUAGUGAUACAAAAUCAUAAAUUAGUUAGAAAACUAAAAUUACUAGACAAUCAAGUUAAUAGAAAUAAUAGCAAUCUUAAUAUAUUGAUAAAUGA